AUGCCAUUCGUCCCAUCGGAGGUAACCCUACCGUUGGCGGGUGCUGGGGCCGCCACCGGCCUAUUCGGUUCGAUCGUUCUUCUGCGAUUGUACAAGCUACGCAAAUGGGGCUGGGUAAAGUCAAACUUUUCACUCGAAGGGAAAACAUUCGUCGUAACCGGUGCCAACACCGGUCUCGGCUAUGAAACAACGAAAGCACUCGUCCGCCGACAGGCAACCAUUGUCAUGGCAUGCCGUAAUCUAGCCAAAGCAAAUGAAGCAAUCGGAAAAAUUCGUACCGAGCUCGGUGGUACCAUCCCGGGUGCGCUAAUACCGAUGGAGCUGGAUCUCGCAUCGUUCCGGUCAAUACGCAGCUUUACCAGCGAGUUAAAUCGUACCAUCCCGCAACUUUACUGUGUGGUCAACAAUGCUGGACUGGCUGUCCGGAAGCCGGAAUUUACGGUGGAAAACUACGAGGUACACUUUGGCAUUAACCAUCUUGGGCAGUUUUUGCUGGUGGAUUUACUGAAGGAACAAUUGCUGGAGCAAAGGACACGUGUCGUGGUGGUGUCUUCCCGUAUGCACGAAAUCGAAGCGGAGAUCGAUUUUGCCAACCUUGGCCGAUGGGUCGAGUACGGUAGCCGCUUGAACCGGCUGUACAACAACUCGAAGCUGAUGAACUUCUACUACGCCCGGGAACUGUACAAGCGGGGCUUCAACGUGCACGUGCUGUGUCCUGGCCUGUGCCAUACCGAUUUCUUCCGCCAUUACGAACCGAAAUGGUACCACUAUCUGGUGUUUUCUCCCAUCGUAUGGUUAAUGUUACGAUCCGGCGAACAGGGUGCGCAGAAUAUUAUAUACGCCGCGACGGAGAGUGUUACCACACCGGAACAGAAUCCCGUGACGGGUUACUUCAUCUCGAACGUGAAGAUGCGCCGUUCAAAGUUUCAUUUCGACGAGGAAACGUCCGUCCGGUUGUGGGACGAGAGUGUCCGUGCGAUUGCGGAAGCGGAGAAGAAAAGUGCAUCGAAUGGAAAUUAA